GCGGGGGUCCAGCGUGGCCGUCUUCCUGUGGAAAUGCGAGUUUCCUCAGAGGGAUCUGCCAAGCGCGCCGCGCAGUCGACAUCUCACGGUAUCGCUGACGCUGAGCUGAGGAGUGAACGUGCUAAUAAGGAGCGCGCGACUCAGAGAAAAAGGAAUUUGAAGUCAACAUUGAAAUUGUUGCAGUCAUAAACGGCCCUCUGAGGGAAAUCAUAUCACUUUGACACCGUUAAUAUGAAGGAAUAAGCUCAACUCAAAAAGAAAAGUUUGCCCACACCAAAGGAGUUGCGUUGGCUCUCUUGACAAUGUUGUGGGUGUUUUCACGGAAUUUCAGACAGUCAAACCCAGCACCCGAGUACUUGUAUGGCCGCACUAUUUGUACCUCUUCUCCAUGGAUCAUGCAAGAUUUGGGGUCAGUACUAAAGUUCUGAAAGUCUGUUUAUUUCCUAUUCCCCGCCCCCACGUUGUCGGUGUGCGACGGUAUAUGAUAGCAAAGGGAAGGGCAAAUACCAACUUGUUUUUUAAUUUCCUGCCAAGUUUGGAGAGGCGAGGAUUCGUCCCGACAGCUCCGAUCUUUACCCGCGGUGGUCAGAAAGCGCAGUGCGGAGUCUGUCGCUGAGAUGCACGAGUGGCGUCGGCGAACGGGCCGAUCGAUCGCUGCCGACGGCCUCUGGAAGAUUUUCUCUCCCCGGAGCUGGCUGCCAUGAGGGGGCGCUGUUCACGCAAACUGGGCGUGCUGGCCAAGUUGUUCUUCCUGCUGUGGGUGCUGUGGCUGGGCUACAUCCUACUCGUCCUCUCCCCCUCCCCCUCCCCCUCUUCGUCGGCGUCCUCCCGCGACACGCUCGAGCCGGAGCCUCGGAAACUCGACGUCGCCGAGCCGGCCGACGGGAAGCCGGCCGCGCCCGUCUACGCCAAGCCGCCGGCGGACGACGACGCCCCGGGAGAGUGGGGCCGGGCGGCGAACCCCGACCUGAGUCCGGAGGAGAAGACGCAAGCGCAGGACAGCGUGGAGCGCUACGCCAUCAACAUCUUCGUCAGCGACAAGAUUUCCCUCCACAGACGCAUCAAAGACAGCAGGAUGCCCGCGUGCCGCAGUAAGCAGUUCGACUACCGCCGUUUGCCCACCACCUCGGUCGUCAUCACGUUCUACAACGAGGCCUGGUCCACGCUGCUCAGGACCGUCCACAGCGUCCUGGAGAGCACGCCCGCCGUCCUGCUCAAGGAGGUGAUCCUGGUCGACGACUACAGCGACAGAGGCUACCUGAAAACCAAGCUGGCAGAAUACCUCAGCAACCUGCAGCGCGUCCGUCUCAUCCGCACCACCAAGCGCGAGGGCCUGGUCCGGGCCCGCCUCAUCGGCGCCGGCUUCGCCACCGGCGACGUGCUCACCUUCCUGGACUGCCACUGCGAGUGCGUCCCCGGCUGGAUCGAGCCCCUGCUCGAGAGGAUCGGGCAGAACCCCAACACCAUCGUGUGUCCCGUCAUCGACACCAUCGACUGGAACACCUUUGAGUUUUACAUGCAGAUGGAGGAGCCCAUGAUCGGAGGCUUCGACUGGAGGCUCACCUUCCAGUGGCACGCCGUGCCCGAGCGGGAACGCCAGCGCCGCAAGUCGCCCAGUGAACCCCUCAGGUCGCCGACUAUGGCGGGCGGCUUAUUUGCGGUCAGCAAGGCCUACUUCGAGCACCUGGGCACUUACGACACGGGCAUGGAGGUGUGGGGCGGGGAGAACUUGGAGCUCUCCUUUCGGGUGUGGCAGUGCGGCGGCAGCCUGGAGAUCCACCCGUGCUCCCACGUGGGCCACGUCUUCCCCAAGAAGGCGCCGUACGCUCGGCCCAACUUCCUGCAGAACACGGUGCGGGCGGCCGAGGUGUGGAUGGACGACUACAAGCAGCACUUCUACAAAAGGAACCCGCCCGCCCAAAAGGAGAACUACGGCGACAUCUCAGAGCGCCUGCAGCUCAGAGAGAGGCUGAAGUGCAACUCGUUCCACUGGUACCUGACCAACGUCUACCCGGACCUGCACGUGCCCGAGGACAGGGAGGGCUGGCACGGAGCUGUGCGCAGCUCGGGAAUCCACUCGGAGUGUCUGGACUACAACGCGCCGGAUCACAAUCCCACGGACUCGCACCUCUCGCUGUUUGGCUGCCACGGCCAGGGAGGCAACCAGUACUUUGAGUACACGUCCCGGAAGGAAAUCCGCUUCAACUCGGUGACGGAGCUGUGCGCCGAGGUGGCCGAGGGCCAGACGGCCGUGGGCAUGAGGCACUGCCCCGGCGACCGCGACGCCGCGCCGGCCUCCAUCUUGUGGGAGUUCAGAGAUGACAAAAGCAUCUACCACCCUCAAUCGGACAAGUGCGUCACGGCCUACCGCACUCCCGAGGGCCGCGCCGACGUCCAGAUGAGGCCCUGCGACACGCUCGAUCGAAACCAGCAGUGGAAGUUUGAGUGGUAGAGUGCAAUGCCGUAACACUAAGUGACCUUCUUUCCUUUUUUUUUUUUGUCUCUCUCUCUCUCUCUGGGGGAAAAACUAUCGAGGGAAAUUGAAGGAUCGGCCCCCGUUUAGUGUUUUUUUUUUUCUGCCCACGUCUGCUGCAGAGAGAUCGACGAUGCUGACUUUUAGCCGUCGUGUAGCAUUUAAGUGCCUCUGGAAAACUUGAGUUUUAAAAAUAAAAUAUCUGUAAGUACAUGUCAUGAAAUGUGCGCAGACUCGCCUCAACCACUCCAGACCAACAGGGGGCAGUGUGAGGCUAACAUUUCUUCCUGUGUAGCUUACAUUGACAAAAUAUGAUUUUAAAAGCAAAAGUAACAAAGGACAUUUUUAAAUAAAAACGCAAUAAGAUAAUUUCAAAUGAAAAUAUAUUUUUAACGCGCCAGCAUAUUCGUGACAACCCCUUCGAUCCUUACUAAUUGGUAUUGUCCAAGCCACGUACUCCCGAGGCCUUUUUCAAAGUCUCGCGAGGGCAAGCAGAAACACUGACCAAACGACACUUUUAUUGUAAACAAGUGCAAUUUUCCCUUCGAGAAUGUUCGGAAUUUUCCGGACAAAAAUCUUUGUGCCUUUGUGAAAGGAGAUUUCGUGCAUUUUAAAUGUGAUUCAAUGAAGGAGAACAACACCACUGUCGGAUGACUUUAGUCGUUGUUUGACUUUAAACUUGCCUCUGCUGGAUGUUUUCAUGAAGACUGACUGUACUUGAAGUAGAUAAAGGAAAAAUGUCAGAUGUUUUGUGUCUUGAAAUAUUGUCGUCGGAUUUGCGGGACAAAGUUGAUGUAAGCACUCCUGAAACUACUGAUUCGAUGCAGGGAUCACUCGAUUUGAAGGAAAUGAAUUAAAAACUUAAAUGAUUUA